AUGGAAGAUCCUGUCUUGUCAAAGCUACAAGUUUUUGAGCCUGCAUCUGCACUCUCCUACAAUUUUAGGAGCAAUUUCCCUACACUUAUGCCUCUUAUGGAAGUGGUCCCCCGAAUAAUCGCAACAGCUGAUCAUGCAAAGAAACAAAUAAUCGACAAUCAAUGGAGGAGUUUGCCAAAUGCACAAGCUCGUCAUCCUAAAGGGUUGAAUGAAAUUAGUGAGCCAGAUAAGUUUUGGGCUCAAUUACUGAAAACUGAAGACUUUUCCGAGCUAGCUCAUUUUGCCCUAUCUACACUGUCCCUACCCCAUGCGAAUGCUGACUGCGAGCGGGUUUUUAGUAAAAUCAAUUUAAUAAAGACAGAAAUACGAAACCGGCUAACUGUGGAAACAGUGAACGGCACACUUCUUGCUGCAGAGAGCGCAAAGGGUUCAACUCGUACUGGAAACUGCGUCAAUUUUGAGCCCACAAAAGAAAUGUAUAGUCGCAUGACAAAAGAUAAAAUAUACGGCAGAAAAAACGAUGACAGUGAGGAUGUUCCUGACAUAAUAUUUGGAGAGGAGAUGUAA